CAUUGACUUUGUCUUUUUAUUUAACUUGCUUUUUAAGUAGCAACUACAUUUCAAAAAUCAUUUCUCUAUCUACGGCUCUGCUAUUACACAUUUUGAAUUAUGAUGAAGUGGUGUUGUUUGCUUGUUUUUAUCAUUUGCACAAUUGGUGUGUCAAAGGGCGGCACUCUUUCAGGAAAAUGCCUCGACUCCAAUGGUAAAUGUGGGGAAAAAAAUGUGCCAUGUAAUGAGACUUUCGGACCUGAAUGGACGUAUAACGGAAACUGCUGCAGUGGACGACCAUGUUGUAAAUUGCCGUGUGUUCCUGAAACUUGUCCAAACGGGUUCAAGCUAUUAUCAAACCAAACAAUUAGUGUUAAUUGUUAUUCCACGUCUAUUGUUCCUAGACCGACAACCUGGAAUGAAGCUUUUGCCAUUUGUUCCCAGACAGAUGGUGCCUACAUGUGGAGACCGAACAAUCAACAAGAAGCCAAAGCUGUUUUGAUUGAACUUAAUAUUCGUAAGUUGAUAAUGUAUCAUAUUCAAAAUUGA